CUGGAACCAAACACGGACAACUCACGCAAGCGGUACCCCAGUGCUUUGAAGAAGGGUGGCUCUAAUGUUGAUAUCGAUAACCAUCUUACCCAGCCAGACCAGCUUUCCGUCUCUGCAGCAGCUGCAGCUUUUCGUCCCACUACACAUCCCUCACUGCUGCUUCGUUCAUAAGAAGCAGCCUCUCUCUCAGCAGACUCAACCAAAGAUUCUUCAGAGAUGAUUCAGACCGUGCAGGUAGAAGUUCACAAGUAAAGAAAGGGCAAUCCUCCAAAAAGAGAGUCUUGGAUUGUGGCCAACUGUCCUCCACUGAGUGUCUACUGGAAGAGGGAUGCAGUGGACAUGACGAUGGAACAGAAGUGGCCAAUCAGAGUUGUCGUCACUGAUGGUGAUAUUAGAAGAAUCAUUCUUGAUGAGAAACCGAGCAACCUCGAGUCCUUUUUGGAUCACUUUAAAGUUAAAUUGGCACUACCAUAUGAUUUCAAACUACAGUUUGAAGACCCACUGUUUAACAAUGCCCUUUGCAACCUGACUGAUGUGUCAGAACUGCCAGAUCGAGCCAUGCUGAAAAUUAUGAGUCUUGAGUUCCUCUCUGCGGUCUGUAGCACACUGUCAUCAUCACCAGGCACAUCUGAUACAGAGAUACUGUUGACAAGCGACGAAAAAUCUCAACUGAUGAGGCAGGAUCCUUGGCCCUCUGUAUUUUAUAUUCCAGAAUUCUCUGUGGAUGUAAAUUUCCGACUGAGACAGGGAGACCUUGCCUACAUGAAGGAUGGAACUCGGAUGGAUGUUUCUCGGGACAUGAAACACGUGAUCUUAGAGACACUUGCAGAGACGAUGUACAAGUACACGGCAUACACCACAGAGGAACACUGUUGAGAAGUGGCCUCUGCACUGAUUGCAGAGCAUCCCUGUCUGAAAGAAGCUGGAUCACCCACAGGAUAUUGUGGAUGGAAAAUAGCAUUAAGUUCAAGAUGGGGAAUUUCCAUACAAAAAUGAGAAGAUCCGGAAUGGCUGACGUCACAGUGAAUGGCAACAAGCGGAGGAGGGAUUUCCCUGAUGGAGAGCCAUCAUGUAGUAACAUAAAAAGGCCAAAAAGAAGUGAAACAAAUUUCUUGCCAAAUUUUCUUGAUGGUGAAAAUGCGGAUACUCUCGAGUCAGUUAGAAAACAGCUUGAAAAUGAAGCAAAGAAACGGCUUCCAGACUCAGCUGAUGUGAAGAAAAUGAUGGACCAGACAUUUUCUUUGCGACGCAAAGAAAUCGUGGAAGAACAGCCUUCAGUCAAAAGGAUGAUGGAACGCUGGCCUGCGCUGUUCACAGAAAGUCAGGUGUUUGCCGAGUUCUACAGAGUUGCCCGUAAAAACCUCAAGAAAGACUUCUACAAAGCUCUGGACCACUGCACCCCUCAUCUCAUUGACAUCUUCAGAUCCAGAAAAGGAGUUGUAGGCCAGUCACUUGAUCACUUCCUCCAGCCAAUCAAUAUACAAGCCAGUGACAUCACCACAACAUGCACUGCUGUCCUGCAAUGUCUGCCCCUUUAUCUGGGAGAUAAUUCCAGCGAAUUCUUCAUCAGCUCCUCAGAUUCGCACACCGAAUAUGACUUCACCCAGGUGCCUGUUGGGGUUCUUUCAGUCAUGACUGAGGACAUGCCACCGGAGAUAAACAGCAUUGCAAUCAUCCUUGAAGGAAAUAUUGUCAUGGAUGAGAUUCCCACACACGCUCAAGCACUUUGUCUGCUAUUCGGCUUAAUAUGCACACUCCAUCUGGAUUACCCCAAAGGUAUGAAGAACACAUUUGACUUCAUCCAGAAGAUACUGUUGAGCCUUGGACAACAAAAGCUCAGCCCAAAACUGCAAAGAUGAAAAAAUGCUCUUUUGAGCUAGAUGUAGUGGCUACAGACAGCUGUCUACAUGAGUGUGAUGUGUGAAUGAGUGAGAGUAUAUGAUAGGGCUGAACAGUUAAAAAAGACUGUAUUGAAUAUUUUAUGCAUUUAUUUUUACUGAAUUGAAAAUUAUAUUUUACUUUCUUCUUUUUUUAAUGUUUUGAUAAAGAAGCUGACAGGAUUUUUUUUUGUGGCGCUGCAGAGGUCUCCAUAUUGUAUUCUUCAGAAAUAAGAAAACAUGUUUUGUACACAACUCGGUGAGAAUGAUCCCUCCCAUGAAUCGUCACAGUAACUGUCAAAAGAACUGCAGUAUGAUUUUUAUGUUUUUUUGGUUCAGCCUUAGUAUGAGUGAGUUUUGGAGAAGGGGCUGAAUGUAUGUGAGGUUAGCUGUGUCCCAAAAGCAUUUCAUUCUCAUCUGACUCAAUAUUUUGAGUGUGCAAGUUAUUGCUGCCUCAUAAUUGCGGAAAGGGAGGAGCUACUUUGGGGCAGUAAAAUAAUAAGUUAAUGAAGACCAAAAGCAAACCAAAGUUUCUACUGAGAUACAUGUUUUUUGUAUUUGUUUGCUGUUUUUCGCAUUUGAAGCUGGAAAGCAUAAAAAAAAGUUUGAAGGCAGCAGAAGACAUCCUUAUGUAGGUUGCAUUACACCGCCAUCAGGUGUUGAGUAAUUUCCAGUAAGUAAAAACCUUUGAAAAUGAGCAAACAGACUGUGAUGUUUUGUAUUAGAUUGGAGUGUGCUUUUGCAACACAGGUUGAGUAUAUAUCAAAGUUGUUGAAUUGCAAAGACCUGACUUAUUUAGCUGCUUUGAAGAUGUAUGUACAAGUACAGUUCUAUGUAAUAAUACAGUUUGAAUUAUCAGGUUUCAAUCAGGUUUCACUGAAGUUUUCUCAGGUUUUAAAUUUUCUCAGACUAAAUGUUGGCAGGUCUGUUUGUUGCUGUGAGAUGUUCACAAAAGUGUCCAUUGAGAACUGAAAGCCUUCUGUUAGCUUACACCCAGCCCAAUCCGCACAUCUCACUCACACACUCAUUCUCACACACUCAAGUCUCACUCAUACUGUCAUACAUCACAUACUCUCUGAUUUUUACUCAUACUCACUGACACACUCUCUCACUCACUCACUCACCACUCACUCACACACGCACACAUGCGCACAUGCACGCUCAUACACUCAAUCUCUCUCACAAACACAUAAUAUUGAGGGAAUAAUUUAAAGAAAGGUGUAACUUAACCAGAAUCUGAACCAAUCAGCAAACUGCAAGGAAGGAUUUGCCUCUAACUGGUUAGCAUCAUUUAUCCCGCCCCCGCCCCCCCCGCCCGGGCUGAGGGCUGAACAAUAAAUAUUGCAAUAUUAACAAAAAUCACCAUAUGGCCAAUAUUAUUCUAAUAACAGGAGAUGUAUUUUUUUGAUAAAGGUCAAAUUACACUAUUUUAUUUGUUUUUAUAGAUUUAUAAUGCCCUCAGUUGUUCAGCCAAACUCUUGACCCUUGAUGGGCUCUUUCUAGACGAUUCAGA